CCGCUGAACUACAUUUCCCAGGAGGCGUCGGGGCUGCGCCGUACAACUUCCGGCUGUAAAGAUGGCGGCUUCCUAGAGAGUCGGCGGCUGAUUUAGAAGGAGGUUCAGGCUACGGGGAGGAUUCUGGCUUCCCCUGUCCGUGUUCCGUCUAGCCACACAGGAGCCAUGGAAGUGCCAGAGCCCAGCAGCCCCACUGAAGAGGAGGAGGAGGAAGAGGAGCACUCGGCAGAGCCUCGGCCCCGCACUCGCUCCAAUCCUGAAGGGGCUGAGGACCGGGCAGUGGGGGCACAGGCCAGCGUGGGCAGCCGCAGCGAGGGUGAGGGUGAGGCCGCCAGUGCUGAUGAUGGGAGCCCCAACACUUCAGGAGCCGGCCCUAAGUCCUGGCAGGUGCCUCCGCCAGCCCCUGAGGUCCAAAUUCGGACACCAAGGGUCAACUGUCCAGAGAAAGUGAUUAUCUGCCUGGACCUGUCAGAGGAAAUGUCACUGCCAAAGCUGGAGUCGUUCAACGGCUCUAAAACCAAUGCCCUCAAUGUCUCCCAGAAGAUGAUUGAGAUGUUCGUGCGGACAAAACACAAGAUCGACAAAAGCCAUGAGUUUGCACUGGUGGUGGUGAACGAUGACACGGCCUGGCUAUCUGGCCUGACCUCCGACCCCCGCGAGCUCUGUAGCUGCCUCUAUGAUCUGGAGACGGCCUCCUGUUCCACCUUUACCUUCUCCUUAGCAUCCCCACCAGAUCUGGAAGGACUUUUCAGCCUCAUCCAGCAGAAAACUGAGCUUCCGGUCACAGAGAACGUGCAGACGAUUCCCCCGCCAUAUGUGGUCCGCACCAUCCUUGUCUACAGCCGUCCACCCUGCCAGCCCCAGUUCUCCUUGACGGAGCCCAUGAAGAAAAUGUUCCAGUGCCCAUAUUUCUUCUUUGACGUUGUUUACAUCCACAAUGGCACCGAGGAGAAGGAGGAGGAGAUGAGCUGGAAGGACAUGUUUGCCUUCAUGGGCAGCCUGGAUACCAAGGGUACCAGCUACAAGUAUGAGGUGGCGCUGGCUGGGCCAGCCCUGGAGUUGCACAACUGCAUGGCGAAACUGUUGGCCCACCCCCUGCAGCGGCCCUGCCAGAGCCAUGCUUCCUACAGCCUGCUGGAGGAGGAGGAUGAAGCCACUGAGGUUGAGGCCACUGUCUGAACCAUCCCUGUACAUCUGCACCUUCUUGUGCAAGGAAGUCCUUGGCCUAAAGCCUUGGUUCUCAAACUGGGUUCCUUGAGACCUCCGGGGUGCGGGGGGUUCCUGGAGGCACCUAGGGUACCUUGCAGGGUCCUAGGAAGGACCUGCAAUCCAGGAAACCCAGGAUUCCAGGAGGGAUUCCAGGAACUGUGGGCACCCAUUUUCUGUGUCUCCUGGCCCAUUUCCACUCCUAGUUUGUCGUGGAUAAUUUUUGUUCUUCCCUGUGUGAUUUUUGCCAUCAAAAUAAAAAUUUGAGACUCGUUAA